GGGUUUAGGAAACAUGGUAGAAACGUUAGAAAUGUGAUUUUAUUAGCAGGUAAUAUUACCUCACGUUUACAGGGUUACAGGAACUGUAAUUAAAGAGUCAGUUGAUCCAAAGCGGACUAAAACCCUUUACAUACAAGGAUCCAAUUAUUGCACACACGCGGUUUUGCUUUUGUGGUCAACUGAUGUCUAAAAUCAACAACUGAAAUGUCCAAACCUGCACUUAUUUCACUUCAUCAAGCACUGAAGAAAAGCUUCCAGAGUCUUGAACACAAUCAGAAAGUAUGGACGAGUGUGUUAGCCGAUUGCAGCCCUUUGAUGGUGUCUCUAGAUAACUUGGUGGAACAAUCGCGAGCGCUUUCCAACGUCCAGAUCUCCAACACACCGCUCAGAGACUUUCCUGACCUGGAGGAGCGUCUGCGUUUCAAGCUCAUACAAGCCAUGGAGACAGUGCUGGGUAAACUCAAUGAGAAGAUGACUUCUCUACAGUCGGUCAGAGAUUCCAUCAGUAACCAGGUUUUUGCAGUCUUCCAGCAUUACGAGCAGAACACAGACAGCCUGGAUCUGCUCACCGUAACCGAGCGCUCGGCCACCGCCCCGUCUGUCUCUGACAUGCUGGAGUGGCUGCAGGAUGCCGAGCGUCACUACCGACAACAAUUUCUGAAGAGGAAGACUCUGCUGCAGACCCUGAGGGCAGAUGAGCUUUCCCUUUUAGAACUGGCUCCCAAAAGAUGGAAAUCCUGGGAGUCUCCCAGUGCAGAAGACCACAUCAAAGAUACACUUUGCAAAGUGGCCUUCUUCAUUGAGUCCCAAUAAAAAGAGAGAAAAAGCAACAUAUGUGGAACUCUGACCAGUAUUUAAAUCUGACUGCCUUCAUAUGAAGAGGCUAUAAGAGAAGAGCAAACAUACGUCGAUGGACACACAUCCUGUGGAUUUUAGAGAAAGGACUGGAUUUUAAUUGUGUUGUAGAAUAGUCCCUAGACAUGUUCUUGGAUGGAAAGUGUGUGCAUGUACACUACUUUAUAUGGUAAUUGAAGAUGAAGAGGCAAUUACAA